AAAGAAAUACAUGGUAUGGUAGGUGACAACGUUGAACUAAGCUGCAUUAGUCCUAUACAACAUUUCGACUUACAUAGCAUACGUGUUUAUUGGCAAACAACGAAGACACCACCAGAAUCUGUAAAGUCAUAUAUUCCUGGUGAGAAUUCUUCCCAAUAUGAUGAUUCUAAGUAUCAGAACAGGACAUCGCUGACACUGGAAAAAAUGGAAAGAGGAGAUUUUUCUCUGCUUUUGUCUAACAUCACCACAAAAGAUGAACAGGAGUUUGUAUGCAUCGUCCUAGAUAAAUCCAAUUAUGUGAUUCUUUUCCAAUCCGUAGUCACUCUCCGUGUGGCAGCAAACUUCAGUGUACCAGUAGUGGCUGAGGAGACUAAUAAUACAGAAGUUACUUUUACCUGCACUUCCCACAACGGUUUUCCAGAGCCCAAAGUUUACUGGGUAAACAAAACCGAUAACAGUUUGCUUAAUCACACUCUACAAACUGUCACCAAAAAUGAGAAUGGCCUAUUCAGUGUCUUCAGUGUGCUGACAAUCGAAUGGACUCCUAAUAUCAGUAUUGAAUGCUGUAUAGAAAAUGUGAAUCUACAGCAAAACCUAACAGUUUGGAAAAGCUUUCUCCCUUCUCCAGGUGGAAACACAGGACAACUAAAAUUCACCACCAUCCCAAAUGAGCCUAGACCAUCUGAGAAAACAUCAAAUACUGCCAUCUUUAUUAUAAUUGGAAUUUUAUUUGUGCUUUUUGUGGUUUCAGUUAUUAGUAUACAGCUAUGUAAAAAGAGUCAUCGCUAUGGAAAUUAUACAGGUCCCAACAGAAAUACACAGAUGGCAGAAGCUAUUGACUACAGUUGAAGGAGAAGCCAUCUCCAUGGACUACAAAAUACCUGGCUAUAAAUUACCACAUGACAAAAGCAGUUUUGAUUGGGGGCUGCUUGACAAAACUUCCUUCUGGUACAAGGGUAAAAUGACUUAUUCUCUUUCAAGCAGGAAGGAGGGGAAAUGAUUGCCUUCUACCUAUCCACUCAACUCCCAAACACGAUUAAUGAUAGCUAUCUGGAAUGCAAAA